AUACCAUUCAUCGGUCCUACGCUUCCCGUGUGAUCCCUGGUGCUCCAUGGGAUUUUCAGUUCAGUUCGACAGUUUUUUUUUGGUGAUAUUUCGUGAUUGUAUCACGCCAACGGCAAACUUAGCUUCUGCCUACGUAACGGCCUUGAAGGAACCUCGUAGGCUCUGGGCGACAUGAAAAUUUGACUCAAGCGAGAAACUGUAUAGCGUUCACGCAACUGAGGAACGUCUUAUUUCGUCUCCUGAGGAACUUUUCACGCCUCCGUCGCACUUCCUCGCCCAGAAAGACGAAAGACGUUUCACUAGCUUUCCAUGGGGCUAGAAUAAUCAUUCCUCACCUUGUUGAAGUCAAGCCUAAUAGGCCUAACCCCAUGGAUACAGCGUUGAAAGAACAGCUGGACAACUUGGAGCAGGCAUUGUUGGUAAGCAGUGGACCAGAGAGGGAGGAACUUAAGAAUUUGAGAGAUGAGCUCAAAAUCCUCCUUGAAGAAAGUUCCUCAAAAAGUGGUGACACACUUAAACCAUUUCAAGAACCAGUCCAAUCUGACGAUCAGUACCCCUGUGAUAAGCAAGAAAAGCCAUUGGAUGAUGAAUUCACUGCAUUCCAAUCAGAGAUAGCAGCAUUAGAGGGUGGGCCAUCAACAUCAGGAUGUAAUGGACUCCAUGAGGAGUCAUCUGGAUUGAAACAUGACUCCAUGGAUUCCCUUGUGGGUUUGAAGUGCCGAGCACCCUUCAAGAGCCCUUGGGGAUCCAGUAGGUAUCACAAUGCUGUCAUCUUCCAUGUAGAGCCUUCAGAACUACAAAAAAAUAUGGCAGAUAUUGAGGUGAAGGUACUCUUCCUUCAACCAACAGAGCUGAAGAUGCUCCCUUGCCCCUAUUAUAUGGAUGGAAAUUGUAGAUUUGAAGAUGCCAAGUGCAAGUUUUCUCAUGGCCACAUAGUGAAGCUACAUGAUCUCAUGGAUUAUGGGGAGCCAGAAUUCAAGAAUUUCAAGCCUGGGAUGAUGUGCCUGGGGAAGGAGUCAGAUGGUCUCUGGUACAGUGCAUUACUUGAGGCAAUUCAGGGCGAGGAGUGCAUCAUUCGCUGGGUACAUUCAGGGAAAGAGAAAUCUCUCCAACUACAUGACCUUCUUCCUUCAGGUGCAGUCAGCAUGGCUGAAGAAGAUGAUGGUGAAGAGGAAGAUAAUGACAUUUACCAAAGAGAUGCAAAUCUGGUGUCCAGUUCUUUACUUGAUGAAGGAGAUGAUGAUUUCAUUCCCCAUUGUGCUUGGAGAAUUCCUCUUGACAGGCAGCUUGGUGAAUGGGAGAAGCACACCAAAGGCAUUGGUUCCAAGCUUAUGGCCAAAAUGGGAUAUGUCCUGGGCCAAGGGUUAGGUCGCCGUGGAGAAGGAAGGACUGAACCUGUGGAAGCUGUUGUUCUUCCUGCUGGCAAAUCUCUAGAUCAUUGUAUGGCACUCAGAGAGUUGUCAGGGGAUGGAUGCCUCAGUCAAGCAGAGCAAAAGAUGAGAAAACUCCAAAAACAGGCAGAGAAACAAUCUCAGAGGGAAUAUGAGAGGCAGAUGACUCAGACUGAUGUCUUUGACUUCAUCAAUUCCAAACUGUCUGCAGAACCAGGUAGUUCAAGUGGUGUGCCUCAUCAAGAACCAGAAAAAGUGAAAGUAGCUUCAACCAAAUCGUUAAAUGUAGGCCACUUGAAAGUGAGUCAGGACAUAACAAAGACUGAAAAGGAGCUGCACCACCUCAAGAAAUCCCUUCAACGUCACAGCAAGGACUCUGGUCUCACCGAAGGCAUAGGAAAGAAAAUUAGUGAUAAGGAGGCCCAUCUGAUGAAGCUGAAGGCAUCUCAGCAUGCAAUCCAGAAUGAGCAGCUUCAAAGGAAAAAUUCAAAAAAACUUUCAAUCUUUUGAUGCCUGUUUUGUUAUUCCUGAG